UACUCUCAUCUCAUAUCAAAACAAUAACAACUAAAAACUUGUCCUACUCAUAUUAUUAGAGUUCUAACGUUGACAAUUAUUAAUGAAUAUACGUUUUAUUUUUAACAUAGGAAUAGUGUCUAACAGUGAUUUUUAAUAAUUGAGUAAUCCUCGGAUUUUGAAUGGUAUAAUUACUGUAGUUUCUUUUCAUUUUUGGAAUCUUCUGGUAGGUGAAACAGAAGACCAAUACAAAGAAAUGUUCCCUAUAUCAAGGUUAUUUUUCAAAAAAACCCUUUGCGAGUGUAUGUUUAAGGAAUCUGUUAGAAGGAGGAUACUUUGUGCCUAUUCGACCACUACACCCAAAGAGGCUAAGGAAUUAGGAUCUGUUGUCGAGAAUAAACCUGCUAAGCGGCUUUUCGGCCAACCAACUCCUCUCACUCACCCCCACCUACUCAAACCUGGUGAGGUUGUCCCAGGUUUGCAAAAGAGUGAAUUUAUUGAAAGGAGAAGAAAGUUUAUUCACAACAUAUCAAAAACCAACCCUAAAAGCAAUCAUAUUGUGAUUAUUCCUUCUGCUACCAAAGUGUACAUGUCGGAGAAGAUACCUUAUGUAUUCAGACAGAAUACAGACUUCCUCUACUUGACAGGAUGUCUGGAGCCUGACAGCGCCCUUGUGAUAACAGUGCCGAACGAGGACAACGCCUCCUGUAUAUUAUUUCUAAGGAAGAAAGAUAAACACGCAGAAAAGUGGGAUGGUCCGAGAACAGGCGUGCAAGGUGCUUUGGAAUUGUUUGGGGUGGAUCAAGCCCUUCCAUUCACAGAACUAAAUACUUUUCUAUCAUCUUACGCCCAGACUUACAAACAGUUUACAAUCUGGUAUGACUUUUCUUCUAAUAUUCACCCGGAAGUUCACUCUGUUAUGGAGACAUUCUCGUCAAGAAUCACUGGUAAAUCCUCGGAGUCUCCAAGGCCUGUUCUGCAUCAACAGCGGUUGAUCAAGUCAGCAGCAGAGCAGGAGCUGAUGGCCCACACGUGUGAGAUCGCAUGUCUAGCAAUGUUGCGGACAAUUGCCUUCACUCAGCCGGGCGUCACAGAACAUCAGUUGUUUGCCAAGAUGGACUACGAAAGCAGAAUGAAGGGUGCUGACUUCCUGGCCUACCCUCCAGUCGUGGCGUCUGGCAACAACGCCAACACUAUACACUACAUUGCCAACACACAAGUCACCCAGCCCGGCGAAAUGGUACUCAUGGACGCAGGCUGUUCGCUCAGCGGGUACUGCAGUGACCUGACACGCACAUGGCCUGUGUCCGGUCGUUUCACACAACCUCAGUUGGUCCUGUACGAGAUCGUACAACAGACUCAACAACAGCUGAUGUCGCUGUGUCAUCCGGCCAACUCACUGGACCAUCUGUUCAACGUUAUGUGUCACCUGCUGGGGCAAAAACUCAUAGAAGCCGGUGUCUUCAAAAAGACCGCCAACAAGGACCAUCCUUCCAGGAUGGCGUAUGAGCUUUGCCCCCACCAUGCUAGCCACUACUUGGGCAUGGACGUCCAUGACACUGGCUCCGUGUCACGCAGCAUCAACAUGCAGCCUGGCAUGGUUAUCACUGUGGAACCAGGUUUAUAUAUAUCGGAAAACAAUGAGAACGUCAAUGAAGAGUUUUGCGGACAAGGGAUCAGAAUUGAAGAUAACAUUUUGAUAACAGAUUCUAACCCCGUUCUUCUAACCAGUUUGUGCCCGAAGGAGCCUGAAGUUAUAGAAAGUCUAGUCGGUUCUAGUCUGUAGAGUUAAUUUUAUUAGUUUACAUUGUAAAUUAUCUUCCUUUGAAUACUGACUGUGUUCAGAAAGAUUUACUUUCAAUACAACAAAGUUUCCUUUAUUUUU